AUGGAUCCUCAGUUUCACCAUUUAUCUGAAAUUCCCUUACCCUUAUCAUUCAGUAGUACGUACGCUGGUAGUAGUAGUAGUGGACCGAAUCAUGAUGAUCCGUGGAUGGACCCGAAGAUCUGGAAGAAGCUCCCAACUCGGAUUCUCGACCGCAUUAUUGCCUUUCUUCCACCGCCGGCCUUUUUCCGAUCUCGGUGUGUCUGUAGGAGAUGGAACGGCCUCUUGUUUACCAACACCUUCCUUCAAGUCUACCUCGAUAUCUCCCCACAACGUCCCCACUGGUUCCUCUUUUUUAAGGCCGAAACCCAGAAUCUCUUUGGUGACAACAACAAUAGGGCUGAAGGGUAUCUUUUCAAUCCGUAUGAACUCGUAUGGUACCGCCUUCCCUUUCCUUUGGUUCCACCAAUUGGCUUCUCUCCAACUGCUUCUUCAGGCGGUCUGGUUUGUUGGAUUUCGAAUAACCCUGCUCCGAAAACCCUACUUCUCUCCAACCCGCUUUCUGGUACCUUAAACCAACUCCCUCUAACCCUAACCUCAAGGUACCAACCCUCCAUCGGCUUCACCGUCACCCCUACUUCCAUAGACGUCACCCUUGCCGGAGAUGACCUUAUCAACAAUGCCCUAGCUGUGAAAAACUCCACCGCAGAAAGGUUCCGCGUGGAUGGUACGGGUUGCUUUCUUCCCAUAUGGCAAAUCACUUCUCCUCUUCCCAGACUCUGCAACUUUGAGUCAGCAGGUAGAAUGGUUCAUGCUAAUGGAAGGCUUUACACCAUGAGCUACCAUCCUUUCAACGUCUCAACCUAUGACGUGGAAACAGCCAGUUGGUGGGAAAUCCAGCCACCACUGAAGAGGUUCCUGAAGUUCCCGAGCGUGGUGGAGAGCAGCGCUGGUAAGCUUCUGCUUGUUGCGGCUAUUGAGAAGAAAUCCCUGAUCGUGCCGAAAAGCUUGAGGAUCUGGAGAUUGCAGGAAGGGACUUCGUGGGUAGAGAUUGAGAGGAUGCCGCAGCUGCUUUAUGAUGAGUUCUGUGCGGAGAUGAAGUUGUUUGGGAAUGGUUUUCACUGCGUUGGCCAUGGUGAGUUCAUUGUGUUCAUGAUUCCCGGAAGUUCUCGUCAUUUGGCUGUUUUGUAUGAUUUGACGACCAAAUUGUGGAAAUGUAUGCCUCCCUGUCCCUACGUUGGUAUGGGUGAUCUGAGCUGUGGUUUUGGUUAUGAGCCCCGGCUUGCUACUCCGGUCACUGCCCUUUUGAAUUAUCAGUUCCCUGCGGCUCAAUUUCCUGCUUGA